AGUACAAACAUCUCGGCUGCUACACGGAUAAAGCCGCAAGAGCCAUCCCAAAACACUUGUGGACUUACAUUUUCACAUCUCCUGGUGGAGUAAUCAAGAAAUGUGCCGAUCUGGCUGAAUUUAAUGGUUACAAAGUGUUCGGUGUUCAGUAUGGCAAACAGUGCUUUAGCGGACCAUCUGCUGAAAAGACUUACGACCAAUACGGAUCGAGUUCACAGUGCUCUAAUGGCGUUGGGGGAUCCUGGGCAAACGAUGUUUAUGCAUUCCCAGAGGAAUACCACAACGGCUGCUACAAGGACGAAAAAGAAGGCCGAGCAUUUCCCAAGUACCUUGGAAAAUUCCCUGCUGAACGAGCGGUCAGUAAGUGCGCAGCUUUGGCUGAGAAAGAAGGAUUUCCUGUUUAUGCUGUACAGUUCGGAGGAGAAUGCUGGACCGGACCCGAGUCUGAACAAGAUUUUGACAAAUAUGGAAAAUCUGACGGUUGUGAGAAUGGCGUUGGUGGAACACUGGCAAACGAUGUUUAUUCGCUUAAACCCUAUCGCCAUGUUGGUUGUUAUUCAGACCAUCUCUUUACCCGAGCCAUUAGCUGGUUGAUCGGCACCUUUCCCUCAGCGACUGCUGUAAACAACUGUGCUUAUACUGCCAAGAAAAAAGGAUACAAGGGAUUUGGCGUCCAGUUUGGAGGCCAGUGCUUUGGCAGCACCGGCGCUCAUCAUGAAAGCGUGUAUGGCAAGUACGGCAAGUCUGACAAAUGCAAAGGAGGAGUUGGUGGCUGGUUCGCCAAUGAUGUUUACCUCUUUUUUUAG